CGACAGUGCGCGAGUACAGAGGGCACCUGCGUGACGUCAUGACUGUGCGACUGUGUGUAGAGAAGAGCAAUGUGGAGGCUGGAGAGGGAGAGUGCGGGAGAACCGAUCCAUCGCUUUCUCACUGGCACUGACUACAUUGUGGGGCGGAAGAACUGCGCAAUAUUGAUAGAAGAUGAUCAGUCAAUCAGUAGAGCUCAUGCCACGUUCUCUGUCAGUCACCCACCCUCCAGCCUGGGUCAACCAGACAUAAUCCCUGUUCUAAAGAUUAAAGAGUCCUCUAAAUACGGCACCUUCAUCAAUGGAGAAAAGAUGGAGACUGGCAGCGCCAGAACCUUAAACUCUGGAGACAAGAUCACGUUUGGGGUGUAUAACAGUAAGUUCAGGGUAAUUUAUCAGCCCCUAGUGGCUUGUUCUUCGUGCCUAAAUGCCUCAGAAAAGAAUUCUCUAACACAGUCGCUAUUGACGUUAGGGGGCCACGUUGUAAAUUACUGGACGGAGAAAUGCACACAUCUGGUGAUGACCUCUGUGAAAGUUACCAUCAAGACAUUAUGUGCAUUGAUCUGUUGCAGAGCUAUCGUAAAACCAGAAUACUUCAGUGAGAUCAGAAAAGCCAUCCAGCUGAAGAAACCACUGCCUGCAACUCAAAGUUUCUUUCCUAUCAUCGACGAGCCGUCCCUGCAGUCUGAGUCCCUGGAUCUUUCAGAAAACGCAAAUCGAAGAACAGUCUUUAAAGACAAGACCUUCCUUUUUUUAACUGCAAAGCAGCACAAGAAAUUAGGUGCAGCAGUUCACUUAGGAGGGGGCAAGACAAAACUUUUGACAGGAGAACUGGAUGACAAGUCCCUGCUAGAAAAUCCUAAUGUUUGUGUGAUCGAUGCAGGGGGAACAGAGUCACAGUCAUCAGAGUCCCAGGACUUCCCGACCUGGAUCACUUCUACAGUGGAUGUGCUGCAGAGAAAGGGCCUGAGAACUAUUCCCGAAGCUGAAAUUGGUUUAGCUGUUAUCUACGUGUCAACAGAAAUAUAUUGCAAUCCUCUACAAGACUCUGCAAAUAGGAACCAGGCUGAAAAGAAUGGCAGACAAAAUAUUAUGGGAUCUACCCAGUCUUCCAGCAUGGCUGUAGAUGAGACUGUGUUGCCUCCAGCUACAUUCAACACCACAGCUUAUGUGGCAGACACAGAGCCUCAACCCCACACAGAUAAGUGGAUGGAUGUCAGUGGGGUUCGUGAAGUUAGAGAGACACCCAAAAAUAACCGAAGAAGCAGUAAAACUGACCCCGCAAAGGAUCAGGAUGUGGAAGCUGGUGCCAGGAAUGAUUGCAGAACUGCACUUUUUCAGGAUUCCCCCCAAGAAAGGCCUCGGCCACCAUCACAGGCAGAAAGUCCUGCCUCGCAUAAACAGAAAGUCUCACAGAGAAUGGAGUCCUCAAAUAGAAUACAGAACUAUUUCCAGCCCAUGUCCAAGAAACGAGACCGAGAAGAAGACGAAGGUGAUACCUCCACCUCGAAAUUGUGUAGAAUAGAAAAAGUGACUUCUCAGUUUUCACAACCAGCAAAGGAAAUUGUGCCUUCUAAACAGAAAAGUGCAGAUUUAGCCUCCCGGAAUCUUCUAGAUACUUAUAAAGAGCCACUCGCUUCAUCUGGUGACAGACCUGGCAACUCAUAUGGUCAGAGUAAGGUGGGAACAUCGACAACCAGUCAGCCAAAAGAAUCCUUUGUGAAGAAGAGGAAGGAGCCUGAGAAUGUGGUGGAGGAAUCUGACAUAGAAGAUGAGGAAGAGUGUGGCAACACGAAAAGCGAUGUCAACCAGGUGAAAAGGCCUCGAGUGGAAGCCAAUGAUGACUUUGGGGAAGACUUUGAUGAAGAAUCCCUGGAAACAAUAGAAAGAAGCAUGGUGGAAGCCCUGGCUGACCCGACAAUAAAGACCGAGACGAAAAUCAAACAGGAACCUAUAUCCCAGCAUGAAGAUACAAAAGUGCCUUUCCGACUAAAACAAGAAAAUGAUGAUGAGGUCCCAAGUAAACUCUUGGUGUCGGAGUUCCGAAGUUUAGUUGUCAGCCGACCAGCAAGAAAUAGUCAGACCACGAGCAACGCUCAUCGAGAAAAUGUGGCUAAUUUCAAGAAAUUCAGAAAGAUUGCAUAUCCCGGGGCUGGGAGCUUUCCUCACAUCAUCGGAGGCUCCGAUCUUAUAGCUCACGACAGAAAGAAGAACUCCGAGCUAGAACAGUGGUUACGCCAGGAAAUGGAGGAGCAAACUCAGCAAGCCAGAGAACAGUCACUCGCUGACGAUCUUUUCAGGUAUAACCCUAAAAAUGUCAAAAGAAGGCGAUAAGGAGACUGCAGAAGAGGAUGAUUCUAAUGUUUAGUAUGUACAUCGGCGAAGGGAUCAAUUGUGUCAUUGGAUGUAUAGGAAGCGAUUACUUGCACCUUACCUGAAGACGUAUAUAAUGGGUCCAUGAGGCUUCCAUCCAUAUACAGUGGCUAUUGGCCCAGUUUGCCCCUUUGUAUAGGUCGAUGCCUCUUCAGUUUAGUAUUAGUCUUCCAUUUUUACUACUGUAUGAUUACACUAUGAACAAAGCAUGAAGGCGGCGGGUGGGAUUGUAGGGGUCUUCAGAUAUCUUGUUUUAGGGGACAGUCCCAUGUAGCAUAUUUUUCUGCUGUGUAUUUUCCUACCCAUUAAGAUCAAUGGGAAGCAAAAUCAGCUGCAGAAAAUAUGCAGCAAAAUAUGCUGUGUAUACACUAACUUGGACCGUACCCUUUAAAGCGCAGCUGUCAGCAGAAAAAUACAGGUGUAAAUAAGCACAUGGCAAAAUAGUGCUAGUUAUCAGGAUUUUAUGCAUACCUUUAUUAUAUUUAUAGUCGAGAUAUAAGCCUUUUUCUUAAAGGGGUACUCCCGUGGAAAACUUUUUUUUUAAAUCAACUGGUGCAAGAAAGUUAAACAGAUUUGUAAAUUACUUCUAAAUCCUUC